AUGGCUUCAAGCAGCAAACCCGACUCACCACUUGUCCGUACUCGCAGGUUGAUAAGCCAGAAUGCACAUAUCCUACUGACACCAAGCCCUCCAUCAUCAGACACUCCUUCACUUGUAUCGAGCACUACAGACUGCAAUGAGGCACCAGCAAGCACUUUCUCAACACCAGGGCAAGAUGCAUCGUGGUUAGGCCAAGAUGCUAUCAACCAUUCAGCUUCCCAAGAUGGCGACGAGGCAUCAAGCGACGUUCCAGUACACGAAAAAGAAACUCAAGAAAACCACCGAGAAGGAUACCGUCUGGAGAGUGAUCAGGACAAAGAACACGAUUUUCUAGAGUACGAUGCUUUGCUGAAACAUAGCGAAGAAAGCCUUGAACGACUUCUGGCCACCAACAGCGAUGAAGCCUCUGAACGGAAUACUGAACCAGGCACAAAUGAACAACAGCGCACGAAUGAACUUACAGCUCAAGGGGAUGCAACUGUGACUGAAACUCCAGCUGGUAUGAUAUUGGCAGAACGACAAGUCGUGCCUUUGAAAGAACCUGUCCCCCAAUCCCAUACACCUGUUCACAAUUCAAAACGGCGAAGGAACAAUAAAGUAAGCAAGAUACACAAACACAGACUCAAAGAAGAUGAAGAAUCCCGUCAGCAGAAAGACGCUCGGCGCAGCCAUCGGUCUAAAAACAACAAGAAACGACAUACACCGGCAAGUAGGACUCAUCGAACCCAGAAGCAAAAGAGAGUUGUAACACAACUUGCCUGGGUCAAGCGUUUGAAACACCCAAGAAGCUUCUUGAAGAUUUAUUACAACAUGAAAGGCAUAUUUGAUGAGAUGUGCAAGGCUGGGAGAAGUGGUAGGGUUCGUUAG